CUAUCCCUUGUGCCCGGCUCCCGCUGAGCUCCGGGAAGGAGAAGAGCCUUUGAGGGCGAGGAGGAGGAGCGCGCGCGGGGCCGUGCCAGCUGGGCAACCGGUGCUAAGAAAGCGCCCGCUUUUGAAGGGAGGAGGGGAAAAGGAAAGGGAGAAUGCGGAGUCGCCUUUCAGGGACGCUGAAGCGGCGGGAAAGCAGCACCGCCGCCAGAGUCUAAAGCUUUCGGCGGCUCCAGACAGGUGAGGCGGGGAGCAGAGAUCCUUGCAAGGGAGUAGGCGUAGUUUUUGCAUUCCUGCCUCCGCUGGACUUCGACCUGGAGCUUACCAGCCGUCUUAAAGAGAAAUGGACGGUCAGACCUGCACGGCACCGAGCGACGUGGCUCUCUCCAGGCGGAAAGCCAAGUCAAAAGCUCCCCUUCCUCCACCCGAAACUAAAGUUACUGAUUGCUCAUCAUUUGAUGAUCUAGAACUGGCUAACUGCACGAUGGACCAAAAAGAAAAUGCAAUUGACAGAGACAUUCAGCUGUCUGUGAUUCUUCCUGGAGAGGUGAUCAAGACUACUAAUAUUAACGGCAGCAAACCAAUGAUGGACUUAUUGGUAUACCUUUGUGCACAAUACCAUUUAAAUCCUGCAAGCCACACUAUUGAUCUGAUGUCACCUGAUAAGAAACCAAUCAAAUUCAAACCUAAUACACCUAUUGGGAUGCUUGAAGUUGACCAAGUGAUUUUAAAGCCAAAACAAAUGGAUAAGAAAAAGCCUAUUCCUAUCAUCCCAGAGCAAACUGUGAGAGUUGUGGUGAAUUACAAGAAGACACAGAAGACAGUUGUCCGAGUUAGUCCUCAUGCACCACUUCAAGAAAUUGUGCAUCUUAUCAGCAGCAAAUGUGAUUUUGAUCCCUUACACACUGUUUUGCUAAAGACCUAUCAAUCUCGAGAGACUCUUGACCUAACAAAAACUCUUAAUGACCUUGGACUCAGAGAAUUAUAUGCAAUGGAUGUCAGCAGAGCCACACCAACUACUGAAUACACCUUGUCUUCAUUACAAGACUCUUUUCAGAACGCACAAAAUUCAGAGAAUUUGAAGGAGAAAGAAACUAAAGGAUUCUUUGGCAUUUUUCAACGGAGCAAAAAGAAACGGCAACAGACGGCCAGUGCUCCUGCAACACCACUCAUGAACAAGCCAAGGCCGGCCUUUUCUGUGAGAUCCAGUUCAAUUUCGAAACAGUACGACUCAAACACUCUGCCCUCUGAAAUGCCCAAAAAGCGCCGAGCACCUUUACCUCCCAUGCCUGCUUCUCAAAGUGUGCCCCAGGAUCUGGCUCAAAGCCAGGACAAACCUAAGAUCUGUAUGCUGAAAUCCAGUAGUGUGGAUGAAACUGAUAAGGGACUUUCAGGAGUGGGAAUAGAGAGAUCGGGUUCUCUCCACCUCAGUGGCACCUCUUCAGUUAAUUCUUCUUUAAAGCGGGCAAAGCGCAAAGCACCUUCUCCACCUUCCAGAAAACUGCAAGGCCAAAGUGACCCUAGCACUGACACAGGAUCAGAAUCUGCAGAAUCAAUUCAUACAGACAGCAUUGACAAAGGAAAAUACUCAAAAGCGCAAUCUCCAACAGGCAAUGUAGUUGAUCUAACCAGGACCACAGUGGCAGCAGGUACCUCAUGCAGCUUUGAUCCAACCAGUCAUGGUCAAAACAAUAUCCAGCAAGUCGCAGAUGAAAGUAGAGUUUUGGUUAACGCUGAUACUCCAGAUGAAUCUGAAGUGUCGCUCAAAUCUGACAUGGGUUCUGAAUAUAGCCUAAAGGAGAUAGAUGAGAACGACGAAAUAUACGAUGAUGUUGUCAGUGCUUCUGAGGUUCCACUAGAUGUUCAGAAACAUGAAACUGCUUCUGAUUCAAGUUUUGGUAUUGGAGACAAUUCACAGGAGUCUAAUGAAGGAAAAACAGAAAACACGACUGCAAGAGAUAAAGCUCAAGAUAGUGAAAUACUGAGAGAAAGAGUUAGCAUUCCCAAUGGUACUGCACUUGGAACAUUACAGCCAAACACAAAUAAUGGUCAUAAAGAACCAGUAUAUUCUCUGCCUUCUAACAAACUCAGUAAGGAAGAAAUAGGGAAAAAUAACAAGCCUGAGACACUGGAUGACACCUCUCUAAAUGGGGUGAAUGAUCAAAAAUGUGAUCAGAUCAAUGUAGAUCUAACAAAGACUCAGGAUGUCGCAAUUCAGACCAUAUCUGAAGAUAAUUUUGGUCUGACUGCAUUAAAUGAAAGCAGCAAUCAUCAGGGCCGUGCACUGAGCCCUCACAAAAAUUCAACUCAUGGACACAAGCCAGUACAGAAAAAACAUUCCUCAGGAGCCCUGAAUAUGAUGAAUAAGUCCAUAGGACAAGCAGACCAAAACAGUGUGAAUCCUAAUGGCACCCAUGACAAUGCAUUUGUAAAUGAUAACCAAGUUCUCCCGGAGACAAUGGUCAGAAGCCCAGUUAGUUCUCCUACAAAAACGUACCCAGUUUACAGACAAGGUUCAAAGCCUAAACCUAAGCCUUCCAAUGAAAUUACCAGAGACUACAUACCCAAAGUUGGAAUGACUACUUACAAAAUAGUACCUCCCAAGAGUUUGGAAACAGCGAAGAAUUGGGAAUUAGAUACUGUGGAAUACCAAGAAGCAGCAGUAUCUCCCAGGAAUGAAAAUUCCCAAGAAUUUGGCACACAAACAGAGACUGCUCAUAUCUCAAAAACACCAUGUCAAACAGAACCUGAUUUUAAGAAUGAAGUUAUACAACACAAGGUAGGGAGAGAUCCGCCGCCUAAAACAUACCCGGCUGCUGAUCAUAGCCCAGUUUUCUUCUCCAAUGCCAAAGGCCAGAAAAUGGAGGUAGAACACCCCAAGCCUAAUCAAGACCACCGGAUUCCUCCCUUAAUUGUAAAUUCAGGGAAUAAAAGUUCUCCACCUGCAGUGCAAGAAAAACCAAAAAUUUUGAGUCCCCCGAUAAGACCAAGCAGUUUUUAUUUGCAAAUACAGAGGAGGACCACAGAUCAUUAUGUAACUUCUGCCAUUGCAAGAAGUGGCUCUCUAAGUGCCCCUAUUCAGAAUGAAGCCAAGACUAUAGAGGCGGAGAAAAAGGUGGCAUCUCCAGAUCAAUUUUGCCCUCCACUACCUAAACCAAUUCCUGUUCCUUCUCAGUUACCAGAGGAAACUACUGAAAACGGUUGCCAUGAAGAAGAAAGAAAAGUCUCCACUUCUCCUGUAAAAGUGUCUCAACCAUUGAAUUCUCCUUCAUUCCAGCUUUCUCCAUUGCAUUUGAAAAAAUGUGGCUCUCUAAGCGCCCCUAUUCAGAAUGAAGCCAAGACUGUAGAGGCGGAGAAAAAGGUGGCAUCUCCAGAUCAACCUUGCCCUCCACUACCUAAACCAAUUCCUGUUCCUUCUCAGUUACCUGAGGAAACUACUGAAAACGGAUGCCAUGAAGAAGAAAGAAAAGUCUCCACUUCUCCUGUAAAAGUGUCUCAACCACUGAAUUCUCCUUCAUCCCAGCUUUCUCCAUUACAUUUGAAAACUUUGAGGACUUUUGUUUUGCCACAGCCAUAUUCUCCUCCUAAACCUUCUCCUUUUGCUCUUGCUGUAUCAUCAGCAGUUAAAAGAUCACAGUCCUUCAGUAAAACAUGCGCCAAUACAACCAGACCAUUAAAAGAACAAUCUUCUUUUGAUCUUAGCACAUCACCAUCCAGCACCGAAGGAAAGGAUGAUUCACCUAUACUGAGUCCAACAACUCAGACACAGCAGAUCCUGACCGACAAGCAGAAGACUAACGAUGCAAGCUAUGACCAAAACAGGCAGGCUCCCCCUUUAUGCAACCAUCCAGCCAUCGCUAUCUGUGAGAGAAGCAUUGCUGCAGCAGUCCAACACCCCGACCCAGAACAGAUCCACCAGAGCUUGCUGGCUGCAAUCCGCUCUGGAGAGGCUGCUGCCAAAUUGAGGCGGGUUGCACCUCCAUCAAACACUAUUGCCAUCAAUGGAAGAUCCAGUCUCAGUUCUCCAGUGUCCAUCGAAACAAGAUACAGUAGUCAUUAAGACUUUGUACCAAAUAUUUUGCACUUUAAUCACAAUUGCAUAGAUCUACUGCAUAAAACCUACUUCACAGUUACCUGCAUAAUUAUUGAAGACUAUGUAUAAAUUGCAGGAUUGUGUGGGUAUAUAUUGUCGAGAGUGAAGCACAGAAAUUUAAUGGAUGCCUCAAAAGAAUUCUUAAAAUAUAAUAAUUUAUGGCUUUUUGCCUUUUCUCUUUAAAACUGAAAAUGCUGCUUCAGAACUUAUUCCAUGGCGCAGAACAGUUGUAGAUUUUUGCUGCUGUAAUAAUCAGAUAUGUUAAUUUCUACUUCAUCCAUAAUAAAUGGUGUGUAGCAAUGUGCUGUAUAAUGCUAAGAUUCAUCUUAAUGUUUGUAACUGCUUAAUAAUUAUGUUUCAGAAACAUUUGAAUUUAAAUGUAGUUAUUCUCACCUGUUGCCUUGAAUGUUAAAUUUGAAAUUAAUUACUGCACUUAGCUAAAUAUUAUCUAGAAACUCUGAUGGACAGGUUUUCUAGUAAAAAAAAAGCAAUGUAGAUGAUAUACACCUAAAGUUAUAUACUUCUAAAUCAGUUUAAGUGCUUAUUGUUCUCCCUUAAAUCAGUAGAACCUAAAGGUGCUUAAUUUCGGCUCGAUUAUGCCUAUUUAGAUUGAUUGUUACCAUGUUUGUGUCUAGUAUCAAAGUGAAAAAUAAUAAAACAGAAAUCCCCUGGCACUUACUUUAUAACACUAUAUGUGGAUUUCUUUAUUUAAAACAUGUUUAGUCUCAAUGCUAGAGUGCUUAUGCCAGUGAUGUUUUGCAACAAUACCAUCAGUGAGAUCAGAUAACUUUUUUUUCCAAAAGCAGCUGUAAAUCCAUAUUCCAAACUUUGCAAAAUAGAAACGAAUGCUUUUGGAGUGCAUUCCUGUUGCUCCUGAUGGGCGUGUCCCCAAAACCUUAGCUAAUAUGGCCAAUGAGGGUAGAUAGUAACAAUUGGGCAGUGUGGGAACAACUGGAAAGUCACAGGUAUCCCAUCAUGUCCUAAGGUGGUACCAAAGAGUGAGAACAUUCAUAUCUGAACUGCAUAGCUCAAAAAUAGGUGUAUACUUCAGCGUUCCUAUCUCCAGAGUCCUGCAUGGAUUUGACUCACCAGUACUAAGAUUCAGUAAUUUCUACCCACAUCUUUUUCUAAAUUUGUAGCUAAGCAGAUGUUGGGAAAGGAUCUUUGUCAAAGACAGAUUCAUAGGACAUAUAUUUGGAAAUAUACUUGGAAUUUAUAUAAGCUGACAUGAAGCAUUCACAAUCCAGCUCUGGGCUGGACUGAAGUUUUUGGAUACUUGUCUGGCAUUGUAUAUAAAUUUUCAAGUCAUUGAACUGUGGAUCAGGUAUAGCUUGAGGAGAUCUCAAGCAAAAGUCACAGUGGCCUGGAGCAGCCAUAAUGGAUUUGAAAAUAGAUAAGCUGUAGUUGAAUGCAGAUUUUUGUGCAGUUUUUCUUCAAUAUUCAUAAAAGCAAGCUAUUUUUAUGUCUGUUAAUUUUUAAACUGUUUUUUUGACAUUCAGGAAAUUCAACUUACGGUUAUGGGGGAAAUGAGCUUCACUUUCUCUUGAGGGAAGAGGUAUUGAUGACAAUUUCUUCAGUACAAAUUUAUUUUAGAAACAUUGUCAGUGAGCUACUUCUCUGAGUGUGUAUUUCUAACAUUGUAGAAUUUAAGAAUCAUCCAUGGAAAAGAUAUAUCUUGAGCAGAAAACCAAAUCCUCAGUAAUAAGAUGUUUUGCUUUGUCACAGUCUGUCCAUCCUUUCCUUCCUGUCUUGACUCACUAAUGUUGCAAUUUUAUGUUGAAAAUCUGUUUGUGACCCUAGUUCUGAUCAAGCAAUAAAUUGUAGAUAUGCAUUGCAAAUAACGGAAUAUUUUUAGUUUACUUUUAAAUAACUCAUGGUGUUUUCAGAUAAAAACAAUUGUAUUUAGUUUCAUUCUUGAAUCAUUAUGUUGAAUUAUAAUUGUGAAAACUAUCAACUUUUGAUCAUUUAAAAAAAGCUUUGAUCAGAUUCGUUUUUAACGAAGACUUCCAAACAUUUUCCAAAUGUUCUAUGCACUGAGUUGCAUUGUAUUGCUCUGCAUGGUGCAGUGAAUUGCUGUCAAGAAAAUUACAUAACGCAAAAUUGGAAAAGUGCCAUAAUUUACCUCAUCACUGAUAUAGCUGCUUUUUUGCUAACCUGACUAUACAUCAUUCUUUCUGCCUACAUACAGCUAGAUUUGUAAACAGCAAUCAUGCCACCAUAUCAGGAUAUAUAUAUAUAUAUAUAUAUAUAUAUAUAACCAGUGCUCUUGAUAUAUACAUCUAAAAUGAGUCUCAGAAUUAAGUGAAGAAUGCUGGAAGAUAUAUACUAAUACUUUUAUAAACUAUAACUACAAAACUCCCUAUCCAAUGAUGCAAUGGUAUCACAUCAGGUUUUUUCACCAUCUUCUGUCAUGCUGUCUGAGCAAC